GCGCAGCCGGCGACUGCGGAGAAGGCGCCCGGAAGGAGCCGUGGAGGCGCCGCCGCUGGUCCUCAGCCGGUAGCCUGAGAUACUGCUAUGGCUGCUACUGUGAACUUGGAACUUGAUCCUAUUUUCUUAAAAGCUCUGGGCUUCCUGCAUUCAAAGAGCAAGGAUUCUGCCGAGAAACUUAAAGCACUGCUGGAUGAAUCUUUGGCUAGAGGGACAGAUUCAAGCUACCGCCCAUUACUGAAGGAAGUAGAUCAGCCCAAAGUGUCUAUUACAAAGCCAGUUUCUGUUAAGCAAGAGCCAAAGGCUUCCUCAAGCCUUCCCUCGGGAAACAAUAAUGGCAAACCCGUUGCUGCCGAAAAGGUGAAAAAAGAAGCAGAAAAGAGGCCUGCUGAUAAAAUAAAGCUGGAAAUCAGUGAAGGAGUUGAUCUUCCAAAGAAACCAAGGCUAGAAAAACCAGAAACUCGUUCUUCUCCAAUCACAGUCCAGACUAGCAAGGAUUUGGCCAUGCCAGAUCUUUCUAGUUUUGAAGAAACCAGUGCUGAUGAUUUUGCCAUGGAGAUGGGCUUGGCUUGUGUUGUCUGUCGACAAAUGACAGUAACCUCUGGGAAUCAGUUAGUGGAGUGUCAGGAGUGUCAUAACCUCUACCACCAAGAUUGCCAUAAACCUCAGGUGACGGACAAGGAGGUGAAUGAUCCUCGCCUAGUGUGGUACUGCGCUCGAUGCAUCAGGCAAAUGAAAAAGAUGGCUCAGAAAACACAGAAGCCUUCGCAGAAGCUGGCCCCUGCUGUAGUUUCAGUAGCUCCAGCUGUGAAAGAUUCACUGACAAAGAAGCCAGAGAUUAAGCUAAAGUUGGACACCACAACAACCUUUUUAGCAUUUAAGAGGACAGAGGUCAAGACCUCUGCUGCUGUUUCUGGCAACAACUCCAAUGCCACUGUUUCCUCUUCAACCAGUGGCCUCACAGGAUGGGCUGCAUUUGCAGCAAAAACAUCCUCUGCUGGUCCAUCGACGACAAAGAUGGGAUCUACAACGCAGAGCACCAGUGGCAAGCCGACAACAGCCUCCAGUAACCAGAAACCUGUGGGUUUGUCCGGGUUGGCAACCACUAAAGUGGGUUUAGGGUCAAAGAUAGCAUCCCCUAACAGUAGCACAACCGCUGUUCAGCUGAAGCCCCUGCCGCCUUUGACCUUGGGGAAAACUGGUCUUUGUCGUUCAGUUAGCAGCGAUAAUGUCAGCAAAGUAGGACUCUUGAGUCCGAGCAGUUCAGUUCCCAGUAGCAGCAGCAGCCAGACAACUGGUGGAAAUGGAAGUGGUGGGACAGCAGGCGGCAGCGGAAGCAGCACCAGCAAGUCAAGCACAGAAUCUGGCAAUCAGUCGCCAUCCGUGAAGGGUCCUACUUCUCAAGAAUCACAGCUCAAUGCUAUGAAGAGGUUACAGAUGGUCAAGAAAAAAGCUGCUCAAAGGAAAUUAAAGAAGUGAUAAAACUGUGUCUUCAAACCCUGG